CGACAUGUCAUCAGUCGGUGCCGUCCCACCCCUUGGUGCCUGAUGAUGUCCCGGUCCUUGGACCUGCCGCCGCCGCCGCUGCUGCCUUGCCCUGGAUCUCCAUCUCGAUGAAACCCUGCAUGCCGACUGCGUACGAUGCGCAGAGUCAUAAAGUCGGUGCCUGCAAUGCAGAUAUGUAUCCGUAGACUGAGGAAGGGCGGACGCGACGCUGGAGAGAGACGAGCCUCGGGCACCGCGACCUCGGCCAUCAAUCACUCCGGAUACCUAGUGUCGCUGGGUGGCGCCCUCCUCCUGCUUGUUGCCCAAUUCCACGGGUCAGACAACGGCUCUGCUAAAUGGGCUCGAGCAAAGGGGCCCAGCCCACGUCACAAGGAAAUUGCAUUUGCCCGAGGACUUUUCUUUUCUAAAAACGCCAAGAUGCAACAACGGUGGGGAGGGGAAUGCGCGCUUGGCAUGAAAGUGAAGAAGGGGGGGGGGGGGGGGGGAGGAUCUAGGAAGCUGGCGGCGCAGACGACAGCGGCGCCACCCGCACUUUGGGCGGGCAUCAAGUCGGUAUCUGCUUCUUCUUUUUUUCUUUUUUUUUUUUCCUUUCUUUCAUUCGCCCUCUUGCAUCCCCUACUUUGUUGUCUCUUCACGUGCGAGCAAGGUACGGUCUUGUUGUGAGGCCUUGUUGCUCCUUCCCCUGGCGCGGAUAGGCAGCCGGGCAAGGCAGCCAAGUGGAUGUGGCCCAUUCUGGACCGAGAUGGGGGGAGGGGAGUGGUCUGUCAGGUGAGGAGCGAGUGGUGCAAAGGCAGAGACGGGCAUUGGCCCUUUCUAGACAUUGGGGAGGGAUACAGCAUCUGCA